UCACAGAGCAACGGGCAGCUGAAUGUGCCUGUUCUGACACACGGGUUUCAGGGAGAGCUUUGCUUCCCCUCAGGUCAAAUAUCUCAUGGGUCCAAGGAAGAGCUGGGGGCGUUUGCAGCACCCCUGUGUGAGAACAAGUCCCCAGGUGCAGGUGAGUGUAAGAAACACCGUGGGUGACAUCGGGCAGCUCCUGCCAUGUCCGGCCAUGAGCCACCCAAUGGGCGAGGGACCACUGCCGAGCAGGGAUGCUGCCAGCAAGCCCAUGCCAAGUACCACAGGUUAAUCCCCAGGGAGCACAGGAGGGCAGGGCAGCCUGCGCAGCGUGACGGCUGCACCGCUGCCGGCUCCCUGGCGCUACUGACAGUGGCGAGAGAUGCAAGUGCAAUGUGCAACGCAGCGCGGUGCUCCCCAGGGCUGCAGUGGCUUCCCAGGACUGAGCUCCGCGGAUUGGCCCGGAGCACCCCACUCUCCUCCCUCCCUGCCCUCCUCCUUCAGCACCCACAACCCACGGAGAUUGGACGGCCGGGUGCCACAUGGCAGAGGGGAGGCAGGAUACAAAACGAGCUGGACCUGGGCACUGCAGCGGCAGAGCAGCCGGGAGAAGUUUGCAGGGAGGUGGAACCAAACUUCCCUGCCUGCAACGAGCCGGUGCCGGGGAGGACAGACAGAGGGACAGGCACCGGGGCUGCGGCCAUCCAGGGAGCCCUUUGAGGUGAGCACCAGCGGCGGAGCAUCCUGUCCCCUCUGCGCCAUGUCCCUGGUGGUGAAGGAAAAGAACCACGUGCGGUUGGUGUUCUUGGGUGCUGCCGGCGUGGGCAAGACAGCCCUCAUCCGCCGCUUCCUGAUGGACACCUUCGAGCCCAAGCACCGGCGCACGGUGGAGGAGCUGCACAGCAAGGAGUACGAGGUGAGCGGGGCCACGGUCAAGGUGGAGAUCCUGGACACCAGUGGCAGCUACUCCUUCCCGGCCAUGAGGAAGCUCUCGAUCCAGAACAGCGAUGCCUUCGCCCUGGUCUACGCCGUAGAUGAUGCCGAGUCCUUUGAGAGCGUCAAGAGCUUGCGGGAGGAGAUCCUGGAGGUGAAGGAAGACAAAUUCCCUCCCAUCGUGGUGGUCGGCAACAAGGCAGAGAGCGGCAGCGAGCGGCAGGUGCCGGUGGAGGAUGCUCUGUCGCUGGUGGAGCUGGACUGGAACAGCCGCUUCGUGGAGGCGUCGGCCAAGGACAACGAGAACGUGCUGGAGGUGUUCCGGGAGCUGCUGCAGCAAGCCAACCUGCCCGGCCGGCUCAGCCCCGCGCUCUGCAAGAGGAGGGAGACGCUGCCCAAGGAGCAGGCGCUGAGGCCUCCCAUGAACAAGACCAACAGCUGCUCCGUGUGCUGAGCCCCGCGCCCCGCGGCAGCAGAACCGGCUGGAAUCUCAGGUGGGCUGGGAGGGGAGAGGAGCUGCCCCGGCCAGAACCAACCCUGCUGCCUCCAACCUCUUCCCUCCUCAUCCCCACCCUGCCCAGUGGGACUGGGGAGAGCUGGAGAUGAGCAGGAGGAGGGACUCGGAAGAGAUGCUGGAUGCUG